UUUUAAAUCAUGUAAAAGAAGAAUAUCCACUGUAAUUCAUUACUUUCUUGUAAUAUAUUUUUACUGUAUACUGUCUUCUGAUUGGCCAAUAAUUGAAAUUGCUCAAACGCUUCUCAUUGGCUCGUCCCUAAAAUAGAGUUUCGCCGUCCCAUCUGUUGUAACCUCUCAUUAAUCACCUACUCUCUAAAAUCCGCUGUGAACCGAUCGUAUGUUAGCAGCGCGUGUUGAACUUGGCUCCGUGACCUUGAAAUUGCUCAAACGCUUCUGAUUGGCUCGUCCCUAAAUUAGAGUCUCGCCGUAUCAUUGGACAGUUAGUUCUACCUAAAAAACAUUAGGCCAGUCCCAACCAACAUAGGGUAAGACGUAACUUACCGUUGGCAUUUUUAUUUCAUUUAUUUCAUAGGUUUAGAAAAAAUACUGAGAAAUGUCUACCUUCCAAUCUGCUUUUAGAUUAGUCUUAAUUAAGUUCAGAAAAAACACAUUGUCAUGAAGAUUUAUGUUCCUUUGUUCCGUUGUUAAAUGUAAACUAUGGAACUCUAGUGUCGUUAUGUUCGUUAUUUGACGUUGUUUGUUAAGUUCUCUCUCACUUCAUAUAAUCAAAGAAUGUAUUCUAGAGCUACCCAUACCUUUUCUUGGAUUAGUGCUUCUACUUAUAGGGUAUUGAUUAGUUAUACUAAAUAUUUUUCGUUUCACGCAUCUUUCUCUUUUUUCUCUCACGAGUUUUCUAGAAAACAUUAAUCUAAUCCAUUUUCGUUGCAUGAAAAUUAGGUGGUGACUUAGUUCUCCAAGCACUGGACUUUUAACCCUUGGGCCUCAGGUCUGAACAUCGUUUCGUGAAGUCAUUUGGUCACCAGCUCUAGUACACAAGUUUUGAGGGAAAGCUGAGUACAAAAGAUUAUUUGAUUAGUAAGUUGGAUAAAGGCCACGUAAAACUUAAAACUUCUUACUGGUUUCAGAUGUGUGGGUAUCUGACGCUAAAAUGGUACUUACCUAUGGUAAUCGAGAAAACUGAUUUCCAACAAAUGUUAUGUAUGACUUCCAGAAACCUGAGGAAAUAAGUAGUGUGCAAAUCUAUUCUAGUCACUGGCUAUCAUGAGGGUUCAUAUUCUGACAAUGAUCUAUUGCCUUGUGUCAUAAACCCUCUAAAAAUGACGUACGUCGGUCUGGUCAUCUGGACCAUAUUCCCCGUCUGACCAUGAUAAAUACUAGUGGAGAAAACGAAUAUUAUCAUAAACUCAACUUAUACACUAACGCCCACAUGUUUCGAGGGACAUCUAUACGUAGGAUUUAGCGGUUGUAUUUUUAUAGGAGUGCAAACGAACUGUGCCAUAACUGCUUUAAAAAUGUCUAAUAUUGUUUAUUGACAAACUGCUGUAGUGUGAAGGAUUCUAAAUCAAAUUCAUUGUAUGUUCAUUUUCGAAGUGAGGAUUAAGUUAGUAUUUUCCUGCUUUAUUACAUAUUUUCUACUAGAAGCAUGGUACAGCAUAACACCAGAAGCUAUUGCUCGUCACCAGGCGAAAACUUGUUCGUGUGAUUUACUCGUAGAUGCUUUUGCGGGUGUUGGUGGAAAUACUAUACAGUUUGCGCGCACUUGUCAACUUGUUUUAGCCAUUGAAAACUGUUUCCCGCGAUUAUUAAUGCUCCAAAUUAAUGCACAAAUAUAUGGUGUUUUGUCAAACAUUAUGCUUGUUUGUGGAGACGUUGAAAAAAUUUUAAGUAGUUUAAGAAUUGUUCGAUUGUCGUCUACAAGUUUUACAACUGGUGAUGAUGAUAUAAGCGUGCGAACUUUAGAAAAUCAAUAUGAAAGUGAUCACUUGAAAGUAACUUCUAUACGUUCAUCUGAGAAUAACCGAAGUACAUUAUUAUCUGGAAAUAAUGAACAAUCUGCAGAUUUUUCGUCCGAAACAUCGAUUAAUAUAGAUGAUAAUAUUUUGAAACCCGACUUCAAUCUAUCUGAACAUCAGAGUUCAUCAUCACAUUUAUUAGCUAAUACAGAGACCACAUUAGAAGUGAACCCAGAGUUGAAUGAAAAUGGGACUUUAGAGAAGCCAACUAAUUCUACAUUUAACUCACUUAUCGAUAUCAUAUUCAUGUCACCACCUUGGGGUGGUCCUGAUUACAUUGGAAACAUUUUUCCACCUGGCUCGUCUAGUUGGAAUCAACGUAAACGGAAACAUUGGUUAUAUGAUUUGAAAGAAAUGGAACCUAUUAAAAAUCUUGAAGAUAUUCUCUUUCUUAAUAAAGCAUUAAAUAUUUCAAGACAUAUUUGUAACAAAAUUUUAAUAUAUCUACCAAGAAAUUCGUCUAUUGGUCAGUUGAUUCAAAUGAGUUGGCCAAUAGGUGAUAAUCAAGGGACUUGUGAAUAUAUUGCUGAUUGUUGUUCUUGUAAACAAUAUCUUAAUGUACAUAUUGAAACAUAUUGUUUACGUGGUAGACAAUUAGCUCUUGGUUUAUAUUUGGGAAGUUUUCCGUAUUUUGAGGAGAAUAUUGUAGUGUAAAAUAAACUUAUUUGAAUAAUUAUUUGUUCUUAGUUUAUAGUAUGCCCCCAAAUGCCCUGAUACUGUCUAGGGUAGGCAGAGUCAGCUCUCUCAAAAUACUCUCAUAUAACCACGUGUAUACAACCACUGCCAUGAAGGUUCUACUCACUGCCUUUAAGAGACCGGAUAGUCGUUUAUGAGAUUGAGAGAACGGAAGCGAAUGUCCAGCUCUUUAAUCGGG